AUGGCAGUCACUAAUGAUAGCACAGCUGAUGUUUUGUUUAUACAUCAACAAAUGUUUCAGGUUGCAAUGACUGUGGGACCAAUCUCAAAAGUUAUUGUUGCAACAAUAAUGUCACUGUUCUUUAUUUAUUUGAAUGCUAUCAUGGUCUACGCACUUUCGAGUAAGCCUGUUUUUAAAGAGACUCCACGCUAUGUUCUGUUUACCCACAUGCUUCUCAAUGAUUCGAUUCAGCUCAUUGUUACCUCCAUGUUGUACUUCUUCAGUCUGUCCUUCUUCAAAUUAGUCACAGUUGCAUGUGCUUUUCUGGUUUUUGUUUCAGCUACGACUUUCAAUAAUGCACCUUUAAACCUGGCUGUGAUGUCAUUAGAGCGUUAUGUGGCCAUAUGCUUUCCUUUAAGACAUGCUGAAAUAGCCACUCAGAAAAGAACUCGUAUUGCCAUUUCAGUCAUUUGGUUUAUUGGUUCCAUAAACUUCAUAAUUGAUUUGCUGUAUGGAGUAGUGAUGAAUUCUAAAUUUUUUACUUCACAAAAAAUUAUAUGCACAAGAGAAAGGCUUUUCAUAAAGCAGUGGCAAGUAGAUGUUGUUCAGAGCUUUAACAUAUUCUACUUUGUGUCAGUAACUGCAAUCAUCUUUUUCACGUAUAUCAGCAUUGCAAUCACAGCCAGGUCCAUUUCCUCCAAUAAAGUCUCUGCCACAAAAGCUCACAAGACCGUGCUGCUGCACCUCAUUCAGCUGGGCCUGUGCCUUACUUCUUUUCUGUACAGCAUUAUAGAGCGAGCUGCAGCAAUGGCUAGCAGUAGCAGCAGCCUCUUCAUGGACCUGCGUUAUCUAAACUAUUUAUUUGUGCUAAUCUUGCCACGCUGUCUAAGCCCACUCAUCUAUGGACUGAGAGAUGAAGCUGUACGGCCCUUAUUCAUGCAUUAUUUUUGCUUUGCCACAGGCAAAUGUCAGUCUACUGUCAAUGUACACUGA